AUGCGUUUGACCCCAAUCUUAUUGAUUUUUUCGAUUUUAUCGAUUUGUUGGAAUUAUGUAAAAAGCUUAAAAAUACGAAAAAAUGGAAAUAAAAUUUAUACAUUUUUAAAUCCAGGGAUCUUAAAAAAAAUAACCAAUCAUAAACAUCAUGUCUAUUUAAAAACAGAGAAAAAUAUUCAUGAACUAAUUUUUAAUAAAGGUGAAAAAUUAUUAAAAGAUAUAUUAAAAAAAAAAAAAAAAAAAAAAAUAAUAACAAUUAAUGGAAAUAAUAAGGAACAAAAUAAAGUUACCAAUCUUUUUAAGGAAUGGAAAACACAUAAUGAAAUAUUUUUAAAAAAAUUUUGCUCAUUUAUAAAUAUAGAAAAUGAUAUAAAAAAUAAAGAAUUAGAAAAUAUAACAAAAUAUAAUUCAUUGUUAUUUACAAAAUGGGAAAAACCUAAAGAUGUUUUCAAUAUUUAUAGUAAUACAUAUAAAGAUUACAAAAUAAAAGAAAAAAAUAAUUUGAUAGAUGAAGCAAUACAGCAAGUUGAAAUUUAUUGGGCAUCUCUUUUAAUAAAUAGAUACUUUUUUUAUUUUUUAAAAAAAGAUAAAUAUAUAAUCUUCAGUGUAAGUGGAGGUGUAGAUUCUUUGUCUCUUUUAUAUUCAUUUAUUUUUACAAUCUAUAAAAUAAUAAUAAUAUUAUUAUAUAAAGACCAUUUAAAUUAUUUAGAUAUUUUAGACAAAAUCAAAAAUGUAUAUUUUUAUAAGGAUGAAGAUAUAUAUAAUCUUGUUCACGAAAAGAUAGCAAAUGCAAGCCAUGUUGGUAAUGAUAGCAGUAGUAGUAGUAGCGAACCUUUGUGGAAAAAUAAAGUCCAAUUUUUCCUUAACAUCUUAAACAAAAUAACAGUUUUAUAUUGUGAUCAUCAAACCAGAAUUGAGUGUGCCCAUGAAAAAAAAUUUUUAAAACAUAUUUGUAAAUUAUAUAACUUAAAAUUUGCCACUAAGGUUUUAACAAAAAGGAAUAUCAUAAAAGCCAAGGGGCAAAGUACAGUUGGUAGAAGCACAUCUGGUAGAACCACAUCUGGUACAAAUCGAUUAAACAAAACAAAACUGCAAAACAAUUUUUUAUUAAUAUCUAGAUUGUGGAGACGAAAUGCAUAUAUUGAGGUAACAAAUAAAAUUUAUAAUGAAAAAAUAAAAGAUCUUAGAAAUUUGAAUGAAGAUAAAAAUGGAAAUGACCCUAUUUGUGAUUUUGAAAAUGGAAAAAAUUAUAAAUAUAGUGAAUAUUUAAAUGAUAUAAAUAUAUAUCUUAAAAAAGUGUAUAAAAAAAAUGUGUGUAAUGUUUUAUUAAAAAAUUAUAAAAAAAUUCCUAAUUAUUUUUCAAAUUUUUUUUUUAAAAAAAAUGAAUUUAUAAAAAAUAGUAAAAAAAUAAAAUCUCUUAUAUUUAUAGGACAUCAUCAAAAUGAUAAUAAUGAGACAAUUUUAUUUCAUUUUUUUAGAGGAAUAUAUAUUAAAAAUCUAAAAGGAAUCAAUUUUUUAACUUAUUUUAAAAAUUGUUUAUUAUAUAGACCAUUUAUUAAAUUAAAUAAAAUACAUAUUUACAACUAUAUGUAUGCGAUUCAAAAAAAAUGGAAAUAUGACAUAUCAAAUCAAAAGUUGCACAGUUCACGAAAUUUUAUUAGAAACAUUUUAAUACCAACCAUUUCUCUCAUUUUUAAAAAAGAUAAAGAAAAAAAUGAGCAAGGCGAGGUGGAGAAUGCAAAAAAUGAAGAAGGCGAGUUGGAAAAUGCAAACAUAUACGCUCAUUCCUCAUUAAAUAAAAGACUAACAAAUUUAUUAUCCCAAAUAAAAAACAUAGAUAAACACUUAGAAUUUCAUAAUAAUAUAUUUUAUAUCUAUCUAAAAAAUAAAUAUUAUAUUUCAGAUGACAUAAAAAAUAAAACAAAUAAUUUUUUUAUUACCGAAUAUAUAAAAAUGCAAAAUAAUUUAUAUAAACAUUUUUUUUUUAAUAUAAAUGUUAAUAAUAUAAUACAAAUUAAUAAAUUAUUAUAUAAAAAUAACAUUUUUUUAAAGAUUUUCAAUUUUUAUGAAUUUUUAACUCUCCCAUCAAAAUUGACUAGAAUUCAGAUUCUAUAUAACAUUAUAAAAAGUAAUAUUCAAAUGAAUCUAAAUUAUUCUCUUAUUGAUCAAAUAUAUAAUGAAUUAUAUUUAUUUACAACUAACAAUUUGAGAAACAAACAUUUCCAGAAACGUAUAGCAUGUAAUCAUUUAAGCGUAUCAAGCAACGCCGAAAAUGAAGCAAACAAAGCCGAAAGCGAAACAGAUUAUAAAAAAAUAAAAAUUAUAAAUAUAAAUGGGAAAAAUAAAAUUGUUGUAAAUAAAAACCUGUUCUGUAUUGUAAAUAACCACAUUGGCGAAGCUUCAAAUGGAAUAGAAGAGUAUAAAGACAAAAAUUCGAAUAUAUUUAUUCAUGAUAAUAUUUCAGCAAAAAUAAAAAGAAUAAAUAAAAAAAGUUUUGAUAUUGAAAAAAACAAAACAAAAAAUGCUUAUUUAUUUAUUAAAAAACGAAAAAAAAAAAAAAAUGAAAAAUUUAAUAUACACAUUCGUUAUCUAAAAAAAAAUGAUUUUAUUAUUAAUGAUAAACAAAAAAAUAAAUAUAUAAAAGCUAUCAAAUUUUUAUUAAAACAUAAUAUUCCUUAUAUUUAUAAAUAUUUUUUACCAAUUGUUGAAAUAACCAAUUUUAGAAAAAGUGGUAUUCUUUUUUUCUUUUUAUUUGGUAAAUUAACAAACGAUAAAUUUGCAUUACGUUAUUCGAUUAAAAAAAAAAAACUUCAAAAUUAUUUUAUAUAUUCCAUAAAAUUUAAAAAUAAUCAUGAUUCUUUUACAUAG